AUGGAGGGCGAUGGCGGGGACUUCCGACAACGAAGAUCCAGUGUGGCCCACAUGAGGUUGAAAACAGUUCGCCAGACAAUCUCCUUGAAAAGAGAUGUGCCGACUUUGGCAGAUGCGGGAGUGCCGACAUCAGGCAACAAGCGUCAAAGCCAAAGCCAGAACCGACCCGUCCUUCGCUUGUUGGCUGAGCUUGCCGAGAGCCACGAGGAUCUUGUGAGCCGAG